CCUGCUUUCUGCCUGCACCUCUGAGCCCCCCAGGCUUGCUGCCUGAGACAGGAUGAGUGAACAGGAGAGGGAGACAGAGGAGGAUGAAGGAGGGGGCACUUCAGACACGGCACCCAUGCUGCCUGGAAGGCUGCCUGGCCGCCAGGCCUCAGCCCUGCUGUCCCCAGGGUGGGCAGGCCUGGUGGCCCACAGCCUGGGGACCCUGCUGCUGCCUGGCUGGGCCCUGGCCAGGCUUGUGCUCCACCUGCUGCCCGCGACCGCGUUCCUGCUGGUGCUGAUGCCUGCAGCUGCUGUCGUCUCCCUGGGAGUCCUGUGCCACUCAAAGGUCCACCCGGCGCCCCGCCCCUCGUGCCGCGCGCUGCUCUCAGACCGCAGCUCCGCGGCGCUCAUCGCGCUCGGCUUCCUCUCGCUGCCCCCGCUGCUCGUACUCGCCUCGGCCACCCGCGCUCGCCUGGCCCGGCGCCUCCGCCCGCUGCUGCCGCCCCGCACCUGGACCCCCAGACUUCGUCGCCACCACGGGGCCAGCGACCGGGGGCGGGCGGGACGCCACCCCGACGAGGGGGAGCAGCUCUGCGCCCGGGUGUGAUCCCCAGAUGCCUCUCCGAAGGACCCCGCGCCCUCCAAACCCUGUAGUCGCGGUCAGGAGGGUUCUUGCGUCCCGGUCCCGGGAACCGCGCGCGCCUCGGGGCUCCGUGCGCAGUGCUCCGCCUGGCCGCGAGAUGGCGCCAGACUCCCGGGCCGGUGGGCGCUUCCCCACGCUCCCCCGACCCAGCAGUCCCCCUGCCGCAGAGGCUGGGAAGCCCCCGGGGUAGGGAGGUGGCUCCCAGAGAAAGGCGGUCUCCCUGGCUUCUGCCGCAGUGGCUGCCCUGGCUCCGGCUCCCGCAGCCCCGCGGCCCCCAAGCCGGGGGAGCCGGCCGGCCUCCAGCGAUUGAAAAGGCGGGCAACCCCACAUUCCGACCCCGCCCUGGGCCAGGGGCGCAGCCGUGGGGCUGCAGGGCUCGGCCAGCGACCAGGGUUAGGGGUUGGAUGGCCUCCACCGUGGGGGCUGCCGGUUUUCUCUGGAUGAUUUUAUGAGCUUCUGUGUUCUGUGGUUUAAAUCAUGUUUCCAGUUGUGGAUAUGCCUCCAGUGGAUGUAUGCACCGUCUCCCAUUUGUCCAGUUCACAUCUUUCAUCAGUUCCGGGGAAUUCUCAGCCCUUCUCGCUUCACUUGCGCCUCGCAUUUGUCCUUCCCUUCCUUGGGGAAACCCAAACGGGCGGGCGCUGCACGUUUCCUAUUCCCACGUCAGAUCCCCUCGCCUUUUGAUUUCGCCUCUCUGCUGUCUUCCCAGCGAUUUCUUCAUCUCCCUCUUCCAGUCGCCCAGUUCACUGGCUGUGCUUGAUCUGCGGGUCAACUCGUUUGUUUGGUUUAAACUUACUGUACUUUCAUACCUAAAAUUACACCUGCUGUUGAUUCAAGUCUGAUCAUUUUUUAUAGUCUCUUGCGAUAUGUGCAGUUAUGAACUCCAGCUUCACUUUGCUUUCUUGAACAUUUUACUAUAAUUAUUUUAUAUUCUGUACAAAACAAUUCCCAUUUCUUAGUUUUUGGGGUUCUAAGUCUGUUAUUUGUUGUUACCGCUGAAUCUCACGAACAGCAUAUUGUUUCUCUGAAUGUUUACUGCUUCUUAAUUGUCAGCCCAUACCUGUGAAAAUGCUGAGGCCACACGCCUCCAGAGAGGAUUCCAUCUGCGACCCAGGCUCCCCCCGGGCGCCGCUCAGGUGCUGGUCUGGUGGUUGGGCUCUGCGGAGUGCUGUCCCCACCUGCUCCCGGUUGCUGCGUGGCUCUCCGUCUCUCUGUCCACGGGAUCUCUGCUUUCCUAUUCGAUUCGUCAUCCUUGGUUUCUACUCACUGUUCUAGUGGUUCACUUAUUUAUUUUUAGUGCUGAUUUUGGGGGGAAAGGCCUUGAAGAUAUUUACUUCCUUGUAACCCCAGAAGUGUAUUAAAAAUGCAAGUUUGUUGUCGUUCAUCCAGAA